CUCUGAGGAUCGCAGCUGAAGCGGGAGGAGUAUCUGCUGUCCGAUCGCUUGCCCAUAUGGGACUUCUCGGACUCCUAAAAGAGGGCCACCAUAUAACCCACGUCUAUCCCGAAAUGACUCCGACAGGAAUAAGCACUCUUCUGGGUAGCGGGCUUUUCUUCGUCGACGCCCGCGACAAACAGGGCCAAACUCCCCUCCUUAUGGCCGCCUGUUCAUAUAAUUUGGAUGCGGUCCGCUGCUUGCUCGCCUAUGGCGCACAACCGAACUCCAGAGACCUGGCCGAUAGCACACCACUUACCGAAGCCGCCAAGCGCAAUUUGGUUGAAAUAGUCCGAGUGUUACUCCAGGAUCAAAGGACAAGGGUCAAUCAGGCGGAUUGGGCCGGUUGUACAGCUCUCUAUUGGGCUGCUAGGGAGGGCUGUUUGGAGACCACAGCCGCACUGUUGGGGGACCACCGAACCGAUAUUAAUCUUGCGACUUGGUCGGUUAGUAUUCAGGAGAACUGCAACACUCCCCUCAAGAUUGCUAGGGAACAGGGCCACAGUGAAGUGGUAAAAUUGUUGCUGGCAAGGCCCGAUAUUAUUGACGGAGAGAGGCCCGG